UCAACCCUUCGGGGAAGGGAUGCGCCGGGCAGCGGCGGAACGGAGAGGGCGGCGGGGAGACGGCCAGAGCGCCCUCUCCGCGGCCCUCGUUCUCGGGGAGGGCCCGGAACCCCCCGCCACCGCUGUGGGGGGCGAAGUUCCCGGGUAGCCAGGAUCCGGUUUUACCCCGAAAUCGGGGGGAGCGGCGGUUCGGUGGGGCCGUGUCCGGUGCGAGCGACGGUGGCCGUCAGCAGGCGCACCAGGAGGAGCACCGGUCUUUUCCCGAGCCUGCCCCAAAUGACGGAUUUCGAUGGCAGAUGGGGCGGGGGGAGGCAGCCGUGCGCUAAUCGGGUCGGGAAGGGCGAGGGCACCGCAGCCGGGCGCGAUGCUCCCUCCCCGGCCCCGCGCCCUGCCCGCUGUCCGCGCCCCGCCAGCUGCCCGCCGCCCGCAUCCCUCCCCUCGUACCCCACGGCAACCGGGGCUCUCCCUGCACCAUAAAUAAGCGUGUCGAGGAGGUGAGCUGACAAGCAAUCGGCGACAAUGACAAGCCACUGGAACCCACCCGCUCCCCCGGCGCAGCACGCAGCCCGGUCCGGCUUCGGGGGUUACCGGAGAUCCGCCGCCGCUCUGUGCCCGGCGCCUGCCCGGGACAGGACCCGGCCGGAGCCGGCUCCGCCGCGAUCGCUGAAACAGUAUAUCAUCGCGGCGGCGUUCCUGCACUUUGCCUCCGCUCGCAACUCCUUCUUUCUUUCUUUCUUUUCUUUUCUUUUUUUUUUUUUUUAGACCGGAGAAACUGCUCGCCUACCUUUUUUUUUUUUUUUUUUUUUUUUUUUGGGGGGGGGGUUGUUCUUGAUUUUUUUUUAUUUAAGAAUUCAAGUUAUUUUUAAUUUGUUUUCCGGCGCAUCCCGGUGUACCGCUGCGCGGGACUCGCCACGGUAACGGCUCUGCUGUGUCCCUCUCUCUGCCCACAGGGAUGGAGGACGCCGGCGUCCAGCGGGGAAUAUGGGACGGGGACGCCAAGACGGUCCAGCAGUGUUUGACUGACAUUUUCACCAGCGUUUACACCACCUGCGACAUCCCGGAAAAUGCCAUUUUCGGCCCCUGCGUCCUGAGCCACACGUCCCUCUACGACAGCAUCGCGUUUAUCGCCCUCAAGUCCACCGAUAAGCGCACCGUCCCCUACAUAUUCCGGGUGGACACGUCGGCGGCGAACGGCUCGUCGGAGGGCCUGAUGUGGCUGCGGCUGGUACAGUCGGCCCGGGAACGGGAGGAACAGAACCUGGAGGCCUACAUCAAGAGCGGGCAGCUCUUCUACCGCUCUCUGCGCCGCAUCGCUAAGGACGAAGAGCUGCUGGUGUGGUACGGGAAGGAGCUCACCGAGCUGCUGCUACUCGGUCCGGCCCGAGCCCCUGCCCGCACUAACGGCUCGCCGCCCUUUGCCUGCCCCGAGUGCAGCCAGCGCUUCCAGUUCGAGCUACCCUUCGCCGCACACCUCCGGUUCCGCUGCCCCAAGAGGCUGCACGGCCCCGACACCGGCCCCGCCGCCGAGGCCGCCGGCGGCAAGGACGUCGCCGGCAAGGAGCAGGAGUCCGGCAAGUUCGGGAAGCCCGGCGGGCCACCGCACCACCCCUUUCCCGGUCCCGACGGCGGCCCCACGGCCAGCACCAAGCCCUCUACGGACUUCCACAACCUGGCGCGGGAGCUGGAGAAUUCCCGCGGCGGGCGCGGCGGGUCCCCGGGGCGGCCGGCGCUCCCCGAGGGCGGUCCCGAGGCGGCGGCCGGGAAGGCGAAGCGGCGGUUCCCCGAUGAGGAGGAUCGCGGGCCCGGCGCGGCGCGGGGCCGCUUCCCGGCGGAGCGGCCGGGGCUGCCGGCGGCGCCCAAGGAGGAACCGGGCUGCGCCCCGCAGCAGCAGUAUCGUGCCACCGGCUCCUACUGCGGGCUGGAGGAGGGCGGCCGCCUCUUCGCGCCGCCCAGCCCGGAGACAGGGGAGGCCAAGCGCAGCGCCUUCGUGGAGGUGAAGAAGGCGGCCCGCGGCCCCGAGCCCGACGGCGGCCCCGAGGAAGGGCCGGAGCGCGGCUCCCCGGGGGCGGGCGGCGCGGAGCCGGGGCUAUGUCCCCGCGGCGGCGCGGGGGGUCCGCUGGCCGCCCGCCUGGAAGGCGGCAGCCCGGCGCGGAGCAGCGCUUUCAGCACGGUGCCGCAGCUCGGGGCCGGCUCCGGCGGGCCCGGCGGCGGCGGGGCCGAGGAGCGGAAAAGCGCCUUCUCGCAGCCCUCCCGCUCCUUCCCCCACGUCCCGCCGCUGGUGCUGGGCCCGAAGCUCGGCGGGCUGGGCGAACCCUGUCCCGACGGUGCCCCCGCCGCCGCCCGCCUAUACACCGCCGAGGCGCUGGCCGCCAAGCUGCCGGGUGGCGGGGAGGCGGCGGGCGGGGGCGGCGGCGGGGGGCUGCCCAAGCAGAGCCCCUUCCUCUACACCACGGCCUUCUGGCCCAAGAGCUCGGCGGCGGCGGCGGUGGCGGCGGCGGCGGCGGGGCCGCUGCAGCUGCAGCUGCCGUCGGCGCUGACACUGCUGCCGCCGUCGUUCACCUCGCUGUGCCUGCCGGCCCAGAACUGGUGCGCCAAGUGCAACGCGUCCUUCCGCAUGACCUCGGACCUGGUAUACCACAUGCGCUCCCACCACAAGAAGGAAUACGCUCUGGAGCCCCUCGUCAAGCGCCGCCGCGAGGAGAAGCUCAAGUGCCCCAUCUGCAAUGAGUCCUUCUGCGAGCGCCACCAUCUCUCCCGCCACAUGACCUCCCACAACUAGCGGGGACCCCCUCUGGCUUCGGGGACUCACCCGGGGCCCCCACCCUGGGACCCCCGCGCCGCCCGCCGCUCCGGCCCUUCCCCUUCGAUGCACGCGUUUUCACUGUCUGGGGAGGAGGCGGGGAGGGCAGAGAGGGAGGAGGAGGAAGAAAAGAAGAAGAAAAAGAAGAAGAAUAAAGAAGGUUAGGAAAAAAAAAAAAAAAAAGGAAAAAGCAAAACGAAAAGCACCGUGAAAAAGAGGAAAAAAAAUCAAAUGACUUAAAAAUACAUUUUUUAAAAUGUCAUAUAUUGCAACAUAUUGAUGCAUUUGUCAUACGUUUCUACUUAAAUUAUUAAGCACUUAUGGUUUAAAUGUAAUAAUAACUGUAUGUCAGGGUAAAUUUUUAUUUUGGAUAUGAAGCUAAGG